AUGUCGUUCCGCAGCAUCGUUCGUGAUGUUCGGGACAGUUUUGGUAGCCUGUCAAGGCGCAGCUUUGAGGUGACUGUCGCUGGCCUUUCUGGGCUCACCGUGCAUCACAGGGGGAAAUCUCAGAGCACGGUGCAUGAACUCCAUGAUAUGGAUCUCAUAAUCCAGGAGAGCCGUUGGGCUAAUCUCCCUCCUGAGCUCCUCCGUGAUGUGAUCCAGAGGCUGGAGGCCAGUGAGAGCACCUGGCCAAAUCGCAAGCAUGUUGUGUCCUGCGCUGCUGUUUGUCGGGCAUGGAGGGAGAUGUGCCGGGAGAUUGUGUUGAGCCCGGAAUUCAGUGGGAAGCUUACCUUCCCAGUCUCUCUAAAGCAGCCUGGGCCUCGCGAUGGAAUGAUUCAGUGUUUCAUAAAGCGAGAUAAAUCAAAGUCCACAUAUCAUCUCUACUUGUGCCUGAGCACUGCUGUACUUAUGGAGAAUGGCAAGUUCCUCUUAUCAGCUAAAAGGAAUCGCAAAACAACCUGCACGGAGUAUAUUAUCUCUAUGGAUGCUGACAACAUAUCGAGAUCUAGCAGCACAUAUAUUGGAAAGCUGAGGUCGAACUUCCUCGGCACAAAAUUUAUGAUCUCUGACACGCAGCCCCCUUAUAGUGGGGCUGUAGUCCCUCACGUUGGCCGGACAAGCCGAAGAUUCAACUCAAAGAAGGUCUCCCCUAAGGUGCCAACUGGUAGCUACAACAUAGCUCAGCCUGAGCAGAUUCUGCCCCGGGCAUUAGAGGAGUCCUUUCGCAGCACCACCUCCUUCUCCAAGUCAUCCAUCAUGGACCGGUCCAUGGACUUCAGCAGCUCCCGUGACUUCAGCAGCGCCCGCUUUUCUGACAUUGCCGGAGGCGCCAUGGCUGGCGACGAAGAGGGACAGAAUAAGGAGAGGCCGCUCGUGCUCCGCAACAAGGCCCCAAGAUGGCACGAGCAGCUGCAGUGCUGGUGCCUCAACUUCCGUGGCCGUGUAACCAUUGCCUCGGUGAAGAAUUUCCAGCUGAUCGCUGCGCCAAGCCAGGCCCCUGCCCCUGCCGCCGCUGGGGCUCCAACCCCAUCACAACCUGCUCCGCAAGACCAAGAUAAGAUCAUUCUCCAGUUUGGUAAGGUGGCCAAGGAUAUGUUCACGAUGGACUACCGCUACCCGCUCUCAGCCUUCCAGGCUUUCGCCAUCUGCUUGAGUAGCUUUGACACCAAAUUGGCCUGCGAGUAA